AUGUAUGGGAAUUUGCCAUCCGAUUUCGACACAUUUGUAAAGGAUGUGUUGGAUUUUCAAAUCGUCUUUACGAAAAAGUUCUAUAAUACAGACUACGACAUUAGCACGAAUCUUCGCGAAGCGAUAGUAGUGCCGAGUGGAGGGCAACAACUACGGAGAUGGACCAGUAUCUUCACUACCGUAUGCUUUUUGGUAUGGUGUCUCCUAUUCUUUCUAUCACUUAUUACUCCUUAUGCGGACACCAAAUCGUCGCUGAUAUACGUUUUGAACUUAAAUCCUCUGGCAGCCUAUAAAACGUUCUACGACAUCACCGUUACUUAUCACAUCAGAGGAGCCAGCGACUUGGUGCUGACCACCCCUCUGUAUUACGACUGCCUCACUCCAUUUGAAAUCAUUUCUUAUCUAGUGGUCAGCUGCUUACUAAUGAUUGUCUAUUUGAUUCUCUAUGAGGCUGAUUGGUGUUCUUCAUACUCUUCGCUAGAUACAACUGUGUUGUUUGGACAUAGCGGUUCAGGAAAGACCACCUUAGCUAAGCUUAUUACUGGAGAGGCUAAAAUGAACUGCGGUUCUGUGAGCGUAAUGAGUGCGACAAAGAGAAAUAACCAUGGAUAUCAAAAUGGAAUUGGUUAUUGUCCCCAGAAGAACGUUCUUUUCGACUGUUUAACAGUCCUCGACCACCUAUGGUUCUUCAAUAGCGUUAAGAAUGGGCCAAUAAAUUGGCUCAGGGAAGCCAUAAAUGUCGCGCGUGCAGUCGGCCUCUACAGACUUCUCAAUGUGCGUGCAUGCGAACUCAGUGGGGUUCAAAGGCGUUUCCUUGGGAUCGCAGUUGCUCUCGUUGGCGGCUCUCAUUUAGUUGUGAUAGAUGAACCAAUACAACAUAGUGAUCCUGAAAUAAAGAGUCGCUUCAAAGAGAUAAUAAAAAGCGAGAAAGACAGCAGGUGCAUCUUAAUCAGUACGUCGUCUGCAGAAACCACAGAUCUUGUUGGCGACCGUAUUUUGGUUCUUCAGAGUGGUCGAAUACUCGCCUCUGGGUCACGUUCGUUUUUAAAGAACAAGUUCGGUUGCGACUACAUACUUAGUAUUUCACUGGACGAUCAAAUGACUACGGAUUACCAUAAAGACUGUGUAACACUGUUUGUACGCGCUUUGAUUCCUGACGCAGAGCUCAGAGAGACAUUCGACAAUUCAUUUGUAUUCGGCUUCAGUUCUGAAGAGCUUGACGUACAGAUUGCCCUGUAUCGCGAAUUUCAAGUUAAUCGAGUCUUAUUAGGAAUCUCUGAUUUUCACAUCAGAAGAUGCACACUGGCUGACGUCAUUCACAAAAUUGAAACAACCAAGGAAGAUGGUGAUUCCGAAAAGACGAUCAAAAAUUCUGUGGCCGAUCGAGCUCGAGACGUCUCACUAGGUAUCUACGAGCACGGUCGUUUUCUGGUGUUCGAUCCACACGACAUGAAAGAACUGACCCUUCCGAUUGUUACAGCUCUUUCUGCAUUCCCCGAGAUCGAGGUGGUGUUGCUUCGAACGACAAACUUUUGCAAGGAAUGGCCGAAUGACUGGCCGUUUGUCAUUGGUGCAGUAGCGAUUGGCAACGAAAUUGGAUUAUGGAACUUCGACGAUGACACAUGCUCACUUCAUAUGGCCACUCCAUCGGCACUGCAUAAUCCAAGAACGGUGAAUAGCACUAAUAACGAGAUCUGGGUCGUUCCAAACAUUUCUAUCUAUGGAUAUCCUUCAAUAGUUCAGCUGCUCACCAAGGUUCAUCUGGGCAACGGAGUGCAGCGAGUGAAGGUGCGGUUUGAAGUUGGAGCCUUUGAGUGGCCUUUGCUUCCAAUGAUAGUUGCGAAUUCGAUCGGAAUCGCUCAUGUCCUCUUGGGGUGCUCCUUCGUUAUUGUGCCGAUACAGGAACGAAGGCAUUUCUUCAAACAACAGCAGUUCCUCUCAGGGCUAUCCUUAUCAACUUACUGGUUGACGAAUCUCGUCUUCGAUGCUGCAAUAAUUUUCAUGAUGGUGUCGAUGUUUACGGUGUUUUUCAUUAUGCCACCCAUAAACAUCUCUUUAAUUUUCUUAAUAAUACUGUACGCGUAUGUGAUUGGCCAACUGCCAGCGGUCUACUCGAUGUCGCUGUUCUUUCGACAAACUGAAAACGCGACGAUUUUCUUAACCACACUCACUGUUUGCUACCCUUUUGUUCUCAAUGCCAUCUUUCCAACAAAAUGGAUCGAUGUGUGUUGCAUGUUCUUGCCAACGUUGGCGUUUUUUCGGUAUUUAGAGGAAUCGCUAAGAACAGAAAAAGAGUUAGUUACUAGAGAUUCUCCUUUGCUCUCAUUUGCGAUCAAUUUUGUUAUAUUCGCACUUUUAUUGUUCACUGUGGAGCUGAGACCCCAGCGAUUCAGAAACCACAGAAAGGCAGCAGUUGAAGCAUUCAGCAUCGAAAACAAGGUCAAGAAGAGUCAAAAUUUCAACGAGUUUGCAACGGAUAAUCCUGAGAACGAUUUCAGUCCAGCAAUGGAACCUAUGGUACUCCGGGGCGUGCCGCUUGUUCUACAUCCAGGCGAAAUCGUCGGAAUUUUCGGAGAAAAGCGCAAUACCCGAUCUAUAAUUAUGAGAAUUUUGUCGAAUUAUCUUUGUCCGUUGUCUCACAUCGACACUCAAUUUUCAGUAAAGAAUAUCAACACGGUGCCAGUCACAAAUGUCAUUAAGGAGAUCGGUUUCUGUCCUCGUCAUGAUUCAUUACAUCCGCUGCUAAGCCCACGAAGAAAUCUCGAAAUCGUAGCUACCAUAGCUGGUCGGUCUUCCGCUAUCGACAAGGACAACUUCAUCCAGGUUGCAAUGAGAAACAUUCGAGAGCCUCAUCGAGAAUUCGGACUCCACAGUCCAAUGGAAAGAAGACGAGCAUGUGUGACAGCUGCUUUAUUAUCGCGUUCAAAAGUGUUGGUUUUCGAUCAGCCUACUGAAAUGGUGGACUACAAGACUCGUAUUUUUAUCUGGGAGGCAAUCAAAGAGGCUCGGAAAAGUGGGCGGGCCGUGGUGAUCGUCACCGAUUCGGUCGAGGAAUGCGAAACCCUUUGUAAUCGCAUUGGCAUCAUAUCCGAUGGCGCAGAACUCCUAACGAUCGGCACAGUCUCAGAGUUAAGGGCAAAGUACGGAAUGUUUGUGGUGAUCGAGUUGUACCCGUUGACGAAAUCCGACAAGCGAAAGGCGACUGAGGCGAUUAGUCAAGCUUUUCCAAAAGCACGCUUGCUUCAACAGUCGUCAUCAGAUCCCGGAAAGCUAAAAUGGAAAUUACCUAUUGCUAAAGAAGAGGAUAUCCCACAAUUAAUGGAGGAACUGAAGAAUCUUUUACUUUCUGUGUCGGUUCGAGAUGGCAGCCUUAUGAAGGCGUCUCUACAAGAGUUAAUCAGCAACGCACAUGAACUCAUACAAAUGUCGAUAGAGUAG